GACCAAUGGCUAUGUUAUUCCCAUAAUGCCAAGCGGGGCGAUGCUCCGGGCCACAUUCCAUUCGUGGGGAUCGUUCCAUUGCUGAUGCUGUAGAUCCGGGCCGUGUUCCGAUACCAUGGGGACCAGUGCUGUCUGUAUCUCUUUGCUCUCCGUGUAUUCCAUUUUCUCAAGAGUGCAUUCAGAUCGGAAUGUUUAUCCAUCUUCUGGUGUCCUUUUUGUCCAUGUUUUGGAGAGAGAAUAUUUUAAAGGGGAAUUUCCUCCCUACUCAAUGAAAGUUGCUGAUGCUCGAAAUGAUCCUAUAACAUUUAAGACGAAUCUGAAAGGAUAUCCAGACAGACCUGGCUGGCUGCGAUAUAUUCAAAGAACUCCAUACAGUGACGGAGUGCUUUAUGGGUCACCAACCAUUGAGAACGCUGACAAAACGACAAUCAUUGAGAUCACUGCCUAUAAUAGACGAACAUACGAAACAGCAAGGCAUACUUUGGUUGUCAACAUUAUGGCUUCAGAUGAUUACCCUUUGCCCUAUCAAGCGGAGUUCUUUGUGAAAAACAUGAAUGUGGAAGAGAUGUUGGCAAGUGAGGUUAUUGGUGAUUUCCUGGGAGCUGUGAAGAACGUUUGGCAACCUGACCGUCUCAAUGCCAUUAACAUCACCUCAGCACUCGAUCGGGGUGGGCGAGUGCCUCUGCCCAUCAAUAAUAUGAAGGAAGGGGUUUAUGUCAUGGUGGGUACAGAUGUGACUUUCUCAUCAUGUCUAAGAGAAGUGGAGACCCCACAAAACCAGCUGAAGUGUAGUCAGGAGAUGGAACCGAGCAUAAGCUGUGACAAGAAAUUUAGGGCUCAGUUUGACAUUGACUGGUGUAAACUGUCUUUGGUCGACAAGUCAAAGAUGCCGUCUGUCAGUAAGGAAGUGAUUCGGGGAGAUGGUGUUCUGCCUGACAACGGAGAGUAUAAACCACCUUCUACUAACCUGAAAAGCAAGGACUAUUACACAGACUUCGUGAUUACGUUGGCGAUACCAAUAGCCAUUGCUCUGGUGCUUUUUGUUAUCCUUGGUUACGUCAUGUUCUGCCGCCGAGAAGGAGUGCAAAAGAGAGACAUGCAAACACCAGAGGUCCUAACAUGCCUGGCUUCUUUAACUGCAACACUGAGACCACCUAAACCAUGAGCUCUCUCUCCUGCCUGUCCUCAUUACAUCUCUGAUCAGCUGACAAUAUGGAAUGCUGAAAGUGACAAGAAAUUUGAGGGGAUCAAUUCUGUUCCCACAGGAUGUACUUUUGACAGUUUCGUGCUGCAUCUGUGCAGAUUGCUCUUAACUGAAGACAUGGUAUAAAAAGUCUGGACCUUUCUUCCAAGUGAAAGUUGAAAUUAUUUGAGGUUCUGCUGGCCACAUCAGGUCCAGCUGUCUGCAGCUGGAAGAACCCACUACAGAACAACACACCCAGGGUAACUUCUAUUGGGCAAAAAUGCUGGAAAAUUUAAUACACACCAAGUAGCAUAUCUGGACAGGGAAGUGUUUUAGAUCAAUUACCUUUCAUCAAAGCAAAUUUGUGAAGGGUGAACUGCAUCUCCCACUUUUACUGCAGAUAUUGGAGAUCUGAAAAAACUUUUUUCAUCAACCUGAAAUGUCAACACAGCCUCCUCCAUUCCUCGUUACUGCGUAACCUGUUUUUGGCAUGUUCAAUUUUUAUUUGAAAACAAAUUAUGCUAUUAAUUGCAGUUAAAUAUUGCCUGCAAAGUACUGUGUUGCUGCUAGUUUGAAAUAACAUAGAAAGCUGCUCUGUUUGCUCAGGUAUGCCUGCACAGUUCCUUGGGGUAAUUUAGUUUAACCAAUAUGUGCACUAGGUUAAGCCCUGAUCUGCUGUGGCAGUGUCAGCUGAUUGAGUAUCAAGGUGAUUGCAGUUUGGUUGCCUAUUGAGACUUCAGUUUACAGAAGGCAGUCAACUGUCCAUUUUGAAUUAUAACCUGUUCAGUAGAUGAUAACACAGUGUAGAGCUGGAGGAACACAG